AUGGAUCGUGGUAAAGGACAGAGCACUUCGGCGCCCAAGAAAGAUACGAAAACCACCAAGGGGGAUAGGUUGUGUAUGCUCUAUCAAAAGUUCAGCAGGGUGAAGCUUACCCCCAGUAAAAUUCCUGAAUUGUUGGAUAAUUUAUCUGAUGUCGAGGCAGAUGUUGAGGGGGAAGAACGUCAAAGCGAUUUCAGUAGUGAUAAUGAGGGGACCGCGACGUCUGAUGAGUUUGAUGAAUCAUCGAGUGAGGAGAGUAGCGAGGGGAGUGAGGAUGAGGCGACGGAUGAGGGCCGCCCCAAGCCACCCAUAAGGAGGCGUGCAGGACGGCUUCACCAGCCAAAUCCUGAUGAUGCCUGGUCUAGUGACAAUACACCACCAUUUGUAGACAGUUUCACUGCCACACCAGGCCUAACUGUCCCAGUGCCAACCACUCCCGUGCAAUUCAUACAAUUAUUCCUGACACGGGCCCUCAUUGAAUAUAUCACAGUGGAAACGAACAGAUAUGCCAGACAAUUUAUUCAGAAUGCUUCCAGGCACACCAUGAGGAUGUGGCAAGAGGUGUCGUUGAAGGAAAUGGCCAGGUAUUUGGGUCUGUCUAUGUUGAUGGGUAUUGCACCCCUCCCGACGAUGAGAAUGUACUGGCAAACAAGCCGGUUGUGGCAUAUGAGGACCUUCAAUAUUUUCAUGACUGCAAAACGAUACCAACAUAUCAGCCAGUUUUUCCAUAGUUACAACAAGCUUGUAAUUUCCCCAAACAAUAAGGACCGAAUGAUAAAAGUGCGCACAAUCAUUACUUAUUUUACCACCAAGUUUGGCACAUACUACGUUCCCAAUAGAGCACUCAGUUUGGAUGAAGGAACAAUGUCGUGGCGUGGUCGUUUAUCCUUCAAGGUUUACAAUCCAAAUAAACCAGAUAAGUAUGGGGUAAAGUUGUACAUGCUUGCUGAGGCAGGGACUGGCUACAUUAUUGACUUUGAGGUGUAUGCCGGAGUUGGUAAGACAACAGUGGAGACAAUGAUGGCCUUGAUGCGGCCAUUAUUGCACAAGGGUUAUCAUCUCUAUAUGGACAAUUACUAUAACUCUGCCCAUCUCACAGAAUUGCUACGGGAACAUAGUGUACACUUGUGGAACACUCAGAUUGCAGCGUGGCGCACCCAAAAUUCUGCAACAACUUGCAAAAGGCAAAUUCCCUGUUGA